AUGUUCUUUUGGUUAUUAUUACGGGAUCUCGACAUCGGUGAUUAUGGUUCUCUUCGUGUUUUGGGUUUUCAAGGGAAAUAUUUGAUUUGCAAUUGGUUUUUGAUGGAGCGAUCGAAUCUAUUGUUUUGGAGGAUUAUUAGUGGAGAUCUGAUGAUACAUUAUUCUGUGGAGUCUCUGGAUUCGGAGCUUUUUACGGUUCUUUUCGAUCUGAUGGUUUGGAAAGGAAAUAAGGGGGAUCUGCUGAUGCAAUAUCCCUUGGAAUGUGCCGUUUCUUUGCAGGUUCUCUGUUUCCUUUUCUCAAAUUGGUUCGUUUUUUUCAGUUGUGGUUGUUUCUUUUGA